CGGGCUUCGGAGUCGACCAUUUCAAAAUUGCCUCUCAAAGCGUGCGGAUGUACGCCGUCCGUACUCGCGUCGAGUGUUGGGUUUUGAAUUCUACCAGUGCUACGUAAACUAUGCAGCAGAGGACGGCAAAUGUAGGAACGUGAAACCAAAGCUAAGCCUGGAACGCUUUGAAAAGCAAACGGCGGCAAGCAAAUGCGCCGCAGCUCCGCCACUGGUGCAAGCAGUCCAGUCGAUUCAAUGAAGAAACUGCAACGGUUUCGGACAACGCGCGUCAAGUUAAACUACGUUAGAAAGAUUCCUUUUGCUUGGCUAAAAUAAUUUAAACAACACACACACACAUACAUUAAAAACGCUAUUUAUGUAUUUAUCGUCGUCGCUUAACUUAUUUAUUUAUUUAAAUUAUUCAACCGUUUGCUGUAAACACCACUUCAAAUAACGUAUCGGAACGGCAAAGCAAAAACCCAACGAAAACAAUCCAACCAAUCUAGUUUAAACUGCUUCAAGUUGCAAAAAAAAAAAAAAAACACACACAAAUCUAUCAUCGCACCGAGAGAGCGCACCUUCGUUUUAUCUAAGUUAUAUAUAUCGAGUCAGUAGCACAAAAGCUACGCUAAGUAACUUAUUCGUUUCGUGUGUAAGCAAACACAAGCUUCCCUUCUGUUUCUGGAAGCUGUUCUCUUCAUCUUCAUCAUCUACAAUCUACACAGUGUGGAGCGGCAACUGCGACAGUACAAAUUAAAAACUACAAAAAAACAAACAAACGAAGCAGCAGAAAACAAUCUACCAAAAAGAUAAAAGAUACCAACAGAGGAGAGUAAAAGGCGUUAAUUAUACACCGUACAUCGUACCCACCACCGAUCCCAGUUUCACCCACAAAAGAACGCGAAUUUUCGACAAUAAAAGCGUGAACGGGAAGACCCAGCCGCCAAUCGGGAAAGCUCAUCAAAUCAUCUAAGCGCAGCAAAACCAAAAGCAAAAUACAAACAAAAACAAACAAACAAACAACCAAUCAAAGUACAAAGUAAAUUACAGAGGAAAUAUUUAGUAUUUAAAAGGAUCCAAGAAGAGUCUAUCGAUAACUGCACGCCACAAAAAAGGAAACAAAUCGUACCAAAAGCAAUCGAGUGCAUCCAACAACGUGUUCAGGAAUCGUCCGAGUCCAAACAAACCAAAAAGCUACAAAAAACAACAAUUUUUAAAUAAUUCUUAACGAAACGCGGUGGAUCCGAGAGGGCGCGCGCGCACGGCCGCCCAUAUUUAUUCGUGUGAGUGAGUGUGAAUAUUGAAGCAAACGUCGUGACCUGGUACUAUUUAAUCGGAGCUAGCGGAGCCUGGCCCUAGUCGCCCCGAUAGCAGAGAGCUCCACACAUAGCAAUAGCGGUGAAAUCGUGGAACGCGAAGAUAAUUCUAAAUUAUUAACCUCAAUUUCGGGUGGUUUUAGAAGGCCAGCACACGGCAGGCAAACCAGCUAUUUUUUAUACGUGCAAAAGCAAAUUUUUCCUAGCGUGUAAGUGCGGGCGGAGGUGGAAAAUUUUUACAUACCAAAAAUUAGUUGAGAUCAAGCGGAAGUUCAAGUGCGCGCCAAACAGUUUAGUGCUUUCCGAACAGAACUACCUCGCUGUAUUGUGUGCGUGAGUGAUUGAGCACGUGUGGUGGAGUGUGAAGGAAAAAGAAAACAAUAUACAGACGAUCGCAAAAACCGUUUUCCCCGGGGAAAAAAAAGUGGAGUUUCGUUGUUCUAGUCGCGCGUCGCGAGUGUUCUUACAGUGUGGUUUAGCAAGUCAGGUUUAGUCAGUCAGUCAGCUACGGUAGGGCGCACAGGGUAGUGUGUGAAGUGUGAAUUGUAUUGGUCACCGAUCGCCUGGCGGAAGCGAAGAUGCCGCGAGGCAGCAGCACCGGCAGCGGUUCGCGUUUCGGAGCAUGACCUCGAUGAUGAGUGCUAGCACCGCGGACGACACGACCCAGCAAAGUUUACCGUCGUUCACGUCGUUCUCCGCCGAGCUGGAGCCCUCGUGGGACUACUACGAGCAGCGUCCGGAGCGUUCGAACAGUGCCACGAACGGGUCCACCGAUGUGAUUGCAUCGCAGACGACCUCUAACGGCAGCUACACGCGCCCUUGGGAGAUGGACACCAAGGACAAUCGGAUGGCGCCCCCGCACGGGCCGCCCGGCACACCGGGCCCACCGCCGCCACCCACCCCGAGCGGGUUCGAUCAUGGCGGCUUCCCGAAGCUGCCCUCGUUUCAAAGCCAGUUUCAUAGUUUUACCGACACGGCCAUGGUAACGCCGGAACCAAGCUUACCACAGGUAACGGCCGUACCGGUACCGAUCUCACCGAGUUCCGCCUCGCCCGGAACGGGAGGUUCUCUGACGCAGCUCACGCAGCUAACGCCGACCCCGUUGCCACCGCUGCCACAGGGUGGCUUCCACACACUGUCGGCCGUAAACUCACGCCCCUAUCCGAUCGUACCGGCCGCCAUACCGGUACGCGAUCUGGCGGGCAUCAACCAUCAUCAUCAGCAUCCGCAGUACAUCGACGAGCGACACAUUCAACUGUACCAACCGAUGGCCACCUUCCAGGGUCAAACCAUCCCAACGCUCGCGGUCAUCAAGAAGGAGGUGGUGGACUACGAGAUGACUACCCUGAACAAUGGUGCCACGCUGCACCACAGCAACUUCCAGAACCCGUUGCUCGACAAUGGACUGUUCGCGCAGAACGGUACCGUGCACCAUAUCCAGCAUCAACCGGCCCAGCUGCAACACCAUCUGGCGCAGCAACAUCAGCAGCAGCAGCAGCAGCAGCAACAGCAGCAGCAGCAACAGCUCAUACAGCAUCAGCCUCAGCUGCAGUUGCACCAUCAGCACAAUCUGGUCACGCCGUCGGAUCAUCAUCACAACAACAACAACAACAGUACCGCUACCGGUCCCACCACACCGAGCGGUAAGAUGAGCACCACUUCCGUCCGGUUGGAUCCGGGUACGCCGGCCCAGAUAACGCGCAUCGACAACCGGAAGAAGGAGCGCCGGAAAAUACGAGCCUCGUCGCUGGAGUCGAGUGCCGAAUCGGAGGGCAGCGCGAUGGAGAUCGGUGACAGUGGCAAUCCGGGACAGGUGGCCGCUAUUUCGAGCACCGCCAACUUCAAGAGCCCGAUGCACACGAUGAGCAUGGACACGGACGACGGUGGCACACCGGGCGAGAAAUCGACGAAAAAGAAGCGCAAGCGCUGCGGUGAGUGUGUGGGUUGCUCGCGCAAGGACAAUUGUGGCGACUGCGCACCGUGCCGCAACGACAAGAGCCACCAGAUCUGCAAGACCCGACGCUGCGAGAAGCUGACGGAGAAGAAGAUUCUGUACGGUCCGGAUGGUCAGCUACUGAAGCCGGAAUCCCGUCGGGGACGCGGCAAAGGCAGCAAAUCGAAGGCAGCAGCAGCAGCGGCAGCGGCCGCAGCAGGAGCCACCAACGGAAGCGCUAAUGGAGCGAUCGUGUCGUACGAUGCCAACGGACAGGCCGUCCGUGCUGAUGGAAAGCGUGGCCGCGGACGGGGACGUGGUGGCGGGGUAAGCGACAAGAAAUCGAGUGGUCGCGGUCGCAAGGCACUGAAUCUCGGCGCAACACCCAAGAACGUGCCCCAAAACUCGGCCGUCAGUCCCGCACCGGCCUCCCUGCCGCACCCAUCCCCGAACACUACCACCGGCACCCCGGCAACGCCCAAUGUGCAGGUGCAGGGCAACCAAUCGCAGCAGCAGCCCCAACAGCAACUGGUGACCGUGUCCGGUGCACAGACCGGGACAGCCGCACCACCGACAGCCGCCAACACCGCGUCCGCACCGGGCGUCCACAACAGUGUGUUGCUAGGAAGUGGCCCUAGCCAGCACCAGCACCAGCAGCAGCAGCAUCAGCAGCAGGCACAGCUGCAGCAUCAUCUCGCACGCCAUCCGCCUAUACCAGGUGCUCCACCACCCGGCGGAGGAGGAGGAGGUCCUGGGAACCUCCAGCAGCAGCAGCAGCAGCAACAUCAGUCCAUCGUCGUCAAGUCGGAACCGAGCGUCGAAGUCAUGAAGGAUCAGCCGCAACAGCCAAUGGCCCCAAUGGCGUUCUAUCCCACCUGGCAAGCAGACCCGUCCCAGGGCUGGCAAAAUCAGUUUAUCCAACAGAUCCCACAGAACACUCCCGCUAUCACACCGCUAAACUCGCUGGAGUUCCAACCACAGGGAUAUGCUGCAUACCAACCGAACGGUUACGUCCAGACCGCAGGUAUCGGGUUCGAUCCGAACUAUGGCCGCACGUACGCUGCACCACCCGCCGUACAGCGCUACGACUUCCAGGCCAACCAGAUCGCCCCGAUCAAUCAGGUGUCGCUGCAGAGCGUCAGCUUCGCACCCACAGUCACCUACGCCGGUCAGGUAUCGACCGGCCCGGCUACGAUCGUGUCCGGCCACGCCGGCAACAAUCCGCACGACCAGUUCAAUCUGCAGCUCGGCGGCAGCAAGCAACAGCAACAGUCCUCGGCGGCAGCUUCGGCGACGUCGGGAAACGACAUGCCUGGAUAUCCACGGGUGAACAGCGUACCGCCGCGCUCACUCAAUUGUAAUGGGUAUUCAGGCCAGCAAGAUUACGGCGGCCUGCAGACGUCGACGACGACGACCACCACCACGGCAGCGAGCGCGAACGGCAACAACAGUACGUCCUCCGCUAGCGCGUCAUCGUCCCCGUCUGCAUCCACGGUUGCGACCGCUACGAACGCUGGCAACGGCGGCAGUAGCAGUAGUAACAGCAGCUCCAACACCACCACCAACAACAAUGGCAGCACGGGCUCCUCGUCCUCCAUGCAUCCACCGCAGGGUGUGCCACAGUCCCCGAACCGUCAGCCACCACGCCCCAACUCGAACCAGCAGCUGUACGCCCAGCAGUCCCCGAACCCGUACAAUGGGGGCAGCUCGUCGGGCGGUGGCAGUUUGCAGCAGUCUCCGAGCCACAACGGCAACAACACGCCGGUCGGGUACGGUAGCGGUGGUGGCAGUGGCGGACAGAGUGGCAUGCACACACCGUCCCCAAUGCAGCAGGGCACUCCAACCGACAAUCAGCACCAGCAAUCGCCCAGCCACAUGCAGAGUGACUGGGGAUGGAACCAGCAACAGCAAUCGCAGCAGCAGUCCGGUGCGGAUCUGUUCAAUCAGUCCGAUCGGGUGAACUUAAACUCCCGGCUCAAGACGAUGAUCAUGAACAAGGGCGACCAGAAGGACAGCAGCAUGUCACACAUGGGAUCGCAUCUCGGGCUGCAGCAGCAGCAACAGCAGCCGACCGGUACACAGCAAUCGACCGGUCAUUUUUUAUCGUAUAGCCACCAUCUCCGAGACAGCCUAACGCCGACACAUCUGGGUGGGCCCGGGCCGGGUACGCCCGGACAGCAGUCGGCGUCGGGGGCCGCUAGUGGCCCCGGCAUGAUGGCCGGUGGCACUGGCAGCACCGGAGGCAACAGUAACAGCAGUACAGCGAACGAAGGUACUACUAUCGGAGAUGGUGGCGGCAGCGGAGGACUGAUCAACAGUAUUGGCAGUAUUGUUGAUCCGAGUUGGAAGCACCCGCAACAGGCAGGAGGAGGUGGUGCGGGUGCGACAGGAAGCAAUAGCAAUGGUAGCGGCGCAAACAACAACAAUGGUAGCAGCGCAAGUCACAGUAGUACUACGUCGGUGGGCAUGAAGUCACCGUCGCUCACCGAUCAUCACCAUCACCACCAUCACCAGCUACAGCAGCAGCAGCAGCAGCAGCACGAUCAUCUGCUCGCUGGUGGUGAUCUACAUCACGGUGCAAAGCAUUCGGUUUUUGAGCAGAAGCAGCAAUUAAUCGACAAGAAUAAUACCGACCCCGGUGGAGGUGGCAUUGGAUCGCCGACUGGCGGCGAACUCAAGGGCAAGAUGGGCAAAUCCGGUGGAUCUUCGUCAUCCUCAUCAUCGGGUUCCCCAUCGGCAGGAUCUCCUUCGUCCAAGGCGAAGGGAAAGGGUGGCGAUAAGCAUGGCAAAUCCAAGCACGGUGGUCAUCACCACCAUCAGCAACAUCCCGCCCAGCAGCAGCAGCAGCAGCAUCAUCUCGAUCACCUUGGACAGCAGGGGCUCGUGGACACGAAAUCUUCCAGCUAUUCGAGCAGCAGCUCGAACUUUAUGAUGCAUCACGAUCAGCAGCUGCUCCAUCAGCAGCAGCAGCAGCAAAACUACUCGAACAUGAACCAAACAUAUCCCGGUGGCUCGACCACCCCGAACGGAAGCCAAACUUCCGGAUCGCUUCUCGGUUACUCACCGGCCGGCGCAUCCUCGAUGAUGGUGGACAGCAAGUUCGUGGACGACAAGAGUCCGCUGAACCGCUUCCGGCACGAUUCCCUGUCCAGCGGGUUCAAUCCGCAUCUGCAGACGGGUGGAACCAGUUCGUCCGGAGCGUUCCAUCAUCCGGGUGGUGCGGCAGGCCAGACAGGCGGCUCGAGCUACAAUCUGAUGAGCGUGAAGAAAGAGCCCGGUCUGAUGGACGAUGGACAGUCGGCGUUGCCGAAGUUUGACGGUGGGUACGAGAAGAACUAUCAGAAUUUCAUCCGGUACGGCGAUUACUCCGACAACACGCAGUCGGCCGCUGCACAAGCGUCCGUACAGUCGGGCGGAUCGUCCGUGAAGGGAGCAUCCUCGGAUUACAACAGUUACUACUCGCCGUACGGAAGCUAUUCGAGCUACUCGACCCAGAACUACCCGAACUAUCACAACCAGCAGACGGCCGGUGUCGGUGGGUUCGGCAGUGGGUCGGCCAGUAACAGCAACAGCAACAGCAGUCUUCCACCAGCGCAAACACCCGAAGGUAAUGCGUUGCUUUCGCUGCCCGCCAUCACGACCCCGGUCGCUCAUCAGACCAACUUCGAGCAGCAAAUCCCUGCCCACACGUACCCGAUUCCGAAGAACAACAGUCUACUGCCGGCUUCCGAUCCGGUAUCGAUCAAGCUGGAAGCGGACGAUUCGGCGUACGGGAGCAUGGGCAAUAACUCGACGAAUCUUGGAUCGGAUCCGGGCAGUGAUCCGGGCGUUGGUAAUCAAUCGUCCGCAGCAGCGGGCGGUGCUUUGGCGGAGCUCGAUGUUGCGUCCGGUGUUCAGACUGGAUCGUCGGCAGCGACAACUACGGGUGGCACGAGCACCACCACAACCACAACAACCACCACUUCCACCGGCACAAAGUCAAAAUCGAAGAAGGGAGAGAAGAAGGACAAAUCCAAGGACAACCAUGGAGAAGGAGGGGCCGAGGGCAAGGCGGAAAGCGCUGGUGGUGGUACAACGACCAGCAAAAGCAAGAGCAAGAAGGAAUCGAAGAACGUCAAGAAGGAACCGGUCGAUCCGGCCCAGAAGGCGGACGACGAUAAGCUGGAGAAAUCGCACAAACCGGAAGCGCCCGAUUGUGAUUGUUUCAGUUCCGGCACGGACAAGGCACCGUCCGAACCGGGCAGCUACUACACGCAUCUUGGCUGUGCAGCGACACUGGAAGAUCUACGGCGAGAGACGGAACUCCGCGUAGGUCUGACCGGCAAGCAGCUGCGCAUCGAGAAGGUCGUGUACACCGGCAAGGAGGGAAAAUCGAGCCAGGGUUGUCCGAUCGCCAAGUGGGUCAUCCGGCGUGUCGAUCCCGAGGAGAAGCUCCUGUUUGUGGUGAAGCGCCGACAAGGGCAUCGGUGUAAGGCAUCGUUCAUUGUGAUCUGCAUUGUGGUGUGGGACGGUAUACCGAACCACGAGGCGGACAGUGUCUACCGGAUGCUGGCAGUGAAGCUGAACAAAUUUGGCCUCCCGACCGUGCGUCGCUGCGCUACGAACGAGAACCGAACAUGCGCCUGUCAAGGUACGAACGGACUCGAUCCGGAACUGUGCGGUGUGUCGUACAGCUUCGGCUGCAGCUGGUCCAUGUACUACAACGGAUGCAAGUACGCCCGGUCGAAGACGGUGCGCAAGUUCCGGCUGUCGGUGAAGAACGAAGAGGCAGAGAUUGAGGAGCGUAUGAACGUGCUGGCGACCAUGUUGAGUCCGCUGUACGUGACCGUGGCUCCGCAAGCCUUCCAGAACCAGGUGCAGUACGAGCGGGAGGCACCCGACUGUCGGUUGGGCCUGAAGCCGGGCAAACCUUUCUCAGGCGUGACUUGUUGUUUGGACUUUUGUGCCCACACGCACCGUGACCUGCACAACAUGCAGGACGGUUGUACGGUGCAGGUGACACUACUGAAGCCUCUCCCACCGGGUGUCAAGCCGGACGAUGAACAGCUGCACGUACUUCCACUCUACACGAUGGACACGACGGACGAGUUCGAUAGUGAGGAGGGCCAGAAGAAGAAGCACGAAACCGGCGCCGUGCAGGUGCUGGAGAAAUUCCAAACGGAAGUACGCGUCCGAUCGACACCCUUGCAGCCCUGUCGAAGACACGGCAAGAAGCGAGGCAAUGGAAAGGACGAGAAGCUCGGCAAGGAUGGUUCGGAUGGUGCCGCACCGGACACACCACCACCACCGCCACCUCCCACCAAGAAGGAGAGCAAAUCCAAGAGCAAAAAGUCCUCGGCAGCAUCGACCGCAUCGAACAGUGGUGGCGGAUCGACGGGCAACAGUGUCGCUUCGCCCGGUGCCGGUGGAAGCGGUUCGGGUGGUGCGGGUGGUUCAUCCGGAUCUGGAUCGCCGCGUGCCCACACACCCGGCAGUCAGAAGUCUACCGGCAGUGGGAAGAGUUCUUCCAACGCUACGCUUGAUCCCGUUACGGGAGUGCUGAGUGAGAAGCACAGUUCGCCGCUGCAUGGGCAGGGUGGUGCGCUUGGCGCCGGAGCAGCUGCGGGAGGUUUGGUAGCGGGUGGAAAUGGAGGCUCGGGAACGAGCGCCUUCACGGCACCGAAUACGAUCAACUCCCCGAACUCGGUGGCGAACAACAACACCAACAGUACGCUUAUCGAUAUGGCGUCGAUGAUCGACAACUUCACGGACGCUCAGCUGCAGUCGAACCAGAUCUCGAGCACGGUGCUGGAUUCGCCGUACAGCUACGACUACAACACCGGCCAGUACAUCGACAACCGGCAGUAUUACAACAACUGGCCCACGGACUACUACGGCAACCGGGGUGAUCCGAGCAAGUUGGCGGGGUUGGGCCGAAACGAGGAGAUCCCCGAUACAACCACGCGGCCCGGAAGCAACAGUAGCAACUCGGCCUUCAGUCCGAGCAUUCCGGAUCCUACGAAAACACCCACACCGAUCCACAUGGAUGAUUACGGUAGUACGAAGCUGGGCCAGGGACAGGUCCACCAUCAUCACCAUCAGCUGCAGCAGCAACAGCAGCAACAGCAGCAACAGCAACAGCAUCAACAGCACCAGCAGCACCAGCAACACCAGCAGCAUCAGCAGUCGCAGCAGCAGACCCAGAACACGUACCACACGCUGCAACAGCCCGAGCAGGGUUUCGUGAAGCCAAAGCCACCGGAUUACAAUCCAGCCGCCGGGUACGGUUACCACCAUCCGAACACCCCGAUGGGCUACGGUUACCACCACCAUCAUCACCCGCCGUACCAUCAUACACCGUACGAUCCGUACCAGAACUACAACUACGGCUAUCCGCCUCAGAGCUAUCACCAUCAUCACCAUACGACAUAUCACAACAUGUAUCCGGCGGCAGCGGCCGCAGCAGCCGCAGCUCAAACGCAACUCCCAGGGACGGGCCCUGCACCACCACCGCCACCUACCGCGGUCAUACCCGCACCACCACCACCCUCCAACUGGAACCUUUACCCACCGCACCUUGGCACAGGUCCGACCACGGCUCAGCUGCACGUGGCAGCGGCCGCAGCAGCCGGCGCACUCGGUAAACAGUCCGACCUGGUGGGCGGUGGAGCGGGUGGUGGCAUGAUGUCACAAUCGGCAGUCGGUGGCGCGGUGCAGGCACCAGCCCCACCACCUCCAGCCCCUCUACCACCCAAAGAAACGCUCGGCGAGGUGACGGAAACGAACGAAAAUCUGGAUUGCUUCGAGGAUCCGCAGAUGGGUGGUGUGGCGAUAGCGUUACCGCACGGAAGUGUCAUCAUCGAGUGUGCCAAGCUGGAGAUGCACUCGACGACGGCGGUCAAGAAGCCGAACCGGUUGAAUCCGACCCGCAUGACGCUGAUCUUCUACCAGCACCGGAACCUGAACCGGCCGAAGCACGGCAUUGCGGAGUGGGCGGAGAAGAUGCGGCUGAAGAAGCUGGGCAUACCGACGAACGAUCCGCUGGACGAUAAGGAUAUGCUGCUGGAGGACGACAUCAAGGCGGAACCGCUCGACGAGCUGCACCAUAUGCGGCAUCUUGGUGAUGAACAUGACAUGAUGGACGUAGAGUAUCCGGGUGUCUAGUGGUGAGAGAAGGAUCUGCCAUCGAGGCCAACGACACUGGAUGAGCAGAUCGGACCACUAGACGUUACACCACCAACACAACCGAUGCAGCCGGCGACGACGGCAAGCGCGAGCAAACGCGAGUCGUCGGUAGUAUCGGCACCGGGACAGCAGCAGGCAACGAGGCAAUCGACUCCGAGCGGCAGCAGUAGCGGCCACCGGGGAAGCUCCACAGCUACAGCUUCCUCGCCGCUACAGCUACUCCAGAACCAUCAGAUGUCACAUCAUCUGUCCCACCACUACACCACUACUCCACACCAUCAUCAUCACCAGCAGCAGCAACAUCACCAAUCGCACCAUCAUCACCACGGAUCGUCCUCGUCCUCGUAUCAUCCGUUGGCGAGCAGCAGUCCUGUGUCGCUGCUAUCCCAGCGAUACCAUCAUCAUCAUCAUCACCAGCAGCAGCAUCACCAUUACGCUGCGGCUGCCCAUCAUAGGAGCCCAUUUUCACAGUGGCUACAGCAAACGGACAGGAGCGAUCCACACGGGCAAUACUAUUACUAUUACUACUACUGAUGAAGAACGGGAGAAGCAGAAUGUGUGAGUGUGUGUGAUGCCAUUUGUCUUGCCAAAACGUUGUUGUAGCAAUGGCGUGAAAAGUCAACCAAAUAUGGUACAAACUGAAUUAGAGAGAAGGAGAAAGUGAGAGAGAGAGAGAGAGAGAGAGAGAGAGAGAGUGAGAAGGCCACUGGGAAAUUAUUUUUCUUGAUUUUUUGCUGCUUUCAAACAAACAAAGUAACCAUUUUUCUAUUGCUUAUAUUAGCGAGAGAGAGAGUGAGUGAGAUGAGAAGUAGUACUAUUGCUGUCAACGAUACGCGCGACUGGAUACUAUAGCUACCAGAAGGAAGAAAGAUUGCGCCGUGUGCUUUUCUUUUGUUUUGUAAUAGAAGAAAGUGAGGUUAAGUUGUAAGAGAAGGAUUAGGGAAAGCAUUUUGUUCGUCUAUGAAUGUCCUAAUGCGUGAAGGGAAGCGUUUUUCUUUGUUUGGAUUUCAUUAUCAUCAGGCCCAUAUUGUUGAUAAGUUCGGUGUUUUCUUUUUUGUCUCCGUUUUAGCUUCGCUUCUGCUAAGUUUUAAGAUUAUCCCACAUUAUUCUAGCCAUAUUAAGUGCGCCGUGUUUCGUAGCGAUAUUUAGUAGCACUAGUUGGUAGUAGUAGCCGCCAUUAUUAAGGUAGUUCUUUACGUGGACACCGUGUACACUCUCAUACUCAAGAGGCACAAACCACCCCAAUAGAGUGGUGAUUAAGGUGCGAUUCUUCUACUCGCUCCCGAUCAUUUUUAUUUUAAUAUCAUUAGUGAUCCACUUGCUGUGGAAAGAACAAUGAUCAAAGCGAAAGAGAGAGAGAGAGAGAGAGAGAGAGAGAGAGAGAGCUAGGAAAGCUUAUAAGGAAAAAAGACAUUUUUCAUUUUUUUAAAGAACGCAAACACACACCUUAUACAAGCGCGCUCGAGCCCCAUUGUAUAGCACCUAAGUAAUUUAUUUCGUUAGAGCGAAUGUGAAUCUAUUCAAAGAGUAAGCUUCACUGGCAUUAGCUAGCAAACCCCUUCCCAUCUAUACUUCUUUUUCUUCCUAGCCACUUUUUUUUAAUUUGUUUGUGUUUCGUUCCUUUUCUUGUCUAUCUCAUCCUAGCGCCUGGUUUUGCCUGCUCCGGCACAGGCAUUUCACUUAUGUAUUUAAUUUAACACUAAUUUAUAUAUGCUUCGAAAAGCACCCGAAACGGAGCGAAAAAUCGGAUCAAUCAUCUCACUUUCAAUCGUGUGUGCAAAACGACACAAAAUGCCAUACAUUAUGAGUUUAGGGAAAACGAAAGAGUGGUGUAGAAAAAGUGCGUGCGUGUGUGUGUGCGUUUGCGUGUGUAAACUUUAUGUUGUUUAAGUGUAAUAGUUGUGUAUGUAAGUUUUACCUUUUUAUCUUUUCCGUCAAGUUCCAGUUCUUCUUUUAGCUUCUCUUUUCGAUUGGACACUAAUGUUUUGUCCUCUGAGUUGAUUGAAGUUUCCCAUUGUGCAGAUGAUUCGAAGGAAACUGUUUGCCAUACAGACCGAAAAAGAGAGAGAACGAACACGAACGAACAACCAUAUCGUAAAGCAGCAUAAAAGGAUAGUAAAGAAAGUAAUACUCACGGAAGAAAGGAUAGCAAGACGAACAAAAAGUGCAUGACAGAAGAAAAAAAAGCAAGCGAAAAGAGAGAAAAAAAGGUUAGUACCCUUUUUUAUUCGCUUUUUUAGCCCCUUUUGGUGUAAAGCUGUGUGAGAGCAUUUCUUUUAACGUUACGUUACGUUAUUUAAGCUAAAACAACUAAAGACAUUAGAGAGAAAGAGAGAAACAAACGAAAGGAAACAUAGAAAGGAGAGCAAAAGACACACAAGCAAAUAUAUAAAGGGUGGCAUGAAAUUCCAAAUUGGAUAACGUAAAUCGUAAAAACACACUCAAAGAAACACACACACACACACCAACACACGAACAAAAGCAAACACUAGCGAACAACUAUGAAUAAACUUAAGUUGCAUUUUUUUUAUCUCAAAAUAAGCCCAUUUUUUCCUUCCCGUUUUUUUUGGUUUAGUUUUUCCGCCCCUUCUUUCUUUAGCUUCUUUCUUUUGUACAAAGCAAGUAGAAAAGAGCCUGUGUAAGUUGAGGUAAGCGUUCAUGUGUCAUGUCAUGGGGGUUGUUUCGGUGUCAUGAGUUUUGUAAAUAUUAAAAAAGGCUCUUUCUCUUUCUUACGCCCUUCUUUUGUUUUCUAAUUAGCAAAAGACGUUCAAUCACAAUGACACAAGACAAUGAAACUGAUGACAAAUCUCCAAGAAAACACGUAAAACACACACACACACAUAAGAGGAAGAUAAAAGAGGAGCAGAAUAGAAUCAGAAAUAUUCAGUAGAAGGAGGACAGCAAAUGAUGCCAUACAGUAAAUGAAGCAGAACGUAACCAACCGACAAGAAAGCCACACUGGUGAGCAUUAUUGUUGGCUUUGAAGUAGAAGAAGAAGAAGAAGCAUUUUAGAGCAAACAUUAUGAUGAUAUAUACAACCACAGUAAUUUACAAGCAUCCUUUUCUCAUCGAUAAACUGGGAGGGAAAAAGAAUCUUUGAAAAUACGUACACUACACCCUCAAGGGAAGGGGGUGAAUAAGUAAGAGGGAGAAAAGGGGUGGUGGCUUCUUCUUAGUAAAAGCGUCUCCGAUAUGAUUUCAAGCUGUAGAGAAGGAAGAAAGGGAGUGUUGUUCCGUUGCCAAAAGUGUGCAAAAAGCGAGGAGAAAAGUCCUAGAAUGACAUUAUUUUAUAGUAACACACACACACACUCAAACAGACAUACAAGACAAGCAAUCGAGUAGAAAGCUUCUAGAAAGGAAGAAGAAAACAAGAAAAUGGUAGCAAUCAAAACAAAGACACCAUUACCAUUGUGGAUCAAAUGAGUAAAAUGAGCAAAAGAAUGAAAGCGAGAAGAUAGAAGCUAACUUGAUAAGCAAAACAAAAGAGGAAGAAAAAAAAACAAAUCAAGAAAAGAAAGAUAAACAUUGUUUCAAAAUGAUCUCAUAUCGUAAAAGAAAAAAAAAGGAGAAUAAUGAUUAGAAACGGAAAAACACACACAAUGAGGAAAAACGG